AUGACGACCAGCAAAAUAUCCCAAAUCGUCAGAGACAUUGAAUCCGCAAGAUGUAAAGGACAAUGGUAUGCCAUCCCUGAGUUGGCUAGGAGGUACAAAAAGUACUGUAGUAGUGGCACAGUCUUGGAGCAAACCAUUCUUGUCGAAGCAACCCUGGCGCAAUACAUUGAGAACUACGAGGACGAUGACGGCAAUCAAGUACGCGUAGAGUCCCAUCAGGUCGAACCGUUACUGCAGCAACUGGAGUCGGCCCUUGAAUCGGCAAACGACUUGACAACGGAUGCAGAAAAAGAGUUUUGUCGCGUGGUGAUGGCACGUUGCUAUUAUGAAUGUGAUGAAAUGCCAAAAGCAUUGGAUAUCGUGGAAGCCUUGUCAUUCAAAAAAGACGAUGUUGCUUCCGGCUAUGGUCUUAUCCUCUUUUUGCAAGCAAGAGCUAUCAAAGCCAUUGGAUAUGAAAAGGCCGGCAAUAUGGAUGCUGCCAUGCAGAGCUUUUUGGGGAUUAUGGAUCUGUUAAAGAAUGCCAGUGAGGCCAGCAGCAAUGAUCUUGUAUUUAUCGAAUGGACCGAAGAAGCAUUGUAUCGAGCUGUGCUAGCAGCCAUUGGAAAUAGGUCAUUGGUACAACAGCAGCACACGGUGGAUUUUAUUCGAACGUAUCACAAUGUUACGGUUGGACAGCCGAUUGGUUGGCGCACCAUCAAACGCAUGAAUAUCAUACGGCAUUCCACAAAGUACUUGUCAUCACUCUUCACUGCCGGACACUACAUUGAUACCAAUGGACAACUACCUGGUUCACAGCAGGCCUUUACUUCUGAGAUCAUGUCCUUAUAUACCCUAUACGAGAGAAUGCUAUUGUCCGAAGCCUAUUUUCCCAAAGCAGGCGAUACCAACUGGCUGGUGAUCGAUUUCGUUAAUCAGCUUGCCGCGGAUAUCGACAUUUUGGAUAACUUGACACCGCAACACCUUCGAGGAUUUAUGGAGGUUUUGGAAAGAGCAGCUCAACGCACAUUCAACUCCCCUUGCAUUACGCGGCACAUGUUUUAUACUUUGAUGCGACUCUGCGAUUACGAGGAAGCGAAGCAUGCCUUGCAUUCAUAUUUGCAUCAAGUGGGGUUGAGUACCAAAGAAUGGCAAGACGCACGAUCCGCUGGAGAUGCUUUUGUAACCAAUUCCUUGACUGGAAAAAGCCAACCUAUCCCACAUGUUGAAGGUCAUGCUUUGGAUCAUCUUGUGCAAAGAACCGUCAGUGGCAAGCGGGUUUCGAUUGCAUCACAGCGAAUCGAUGAAAAGGAGUCAUUGUCGGAUAUGAUUCACGUGUUUUUGGAAGCUGUCAAGUUGUAUUGUGUUCACGUUGGGGAUGGGCCUGCUGCUGUGGAGAUGGCGGAGAUGGCACGUAAAAAGCUGGUGGCGGAUGUUGUACCAACAGCCGAAGGACCCAAGCUUGAAGCCCAGGUGUAUCGUGCUACCGGUAUCGCUUACAGUUGUUUAGCUCGGCAAACAAGCGAUUCGAGUCUACGUGCAACCUACUAUGAGAAGGCGCUUGAAGCGUUUUGUGAAUCAGCCGAUAUGGAUCCACACAGCUGGAAAACAUACUAUCACCUUGCAUUACAAUAUGCUGAGAUGCGCGACACACAAAAUGCAUUGCAAGCAGUAACACGAGCCCUUCAGCAAAAUUCCAACGAGAUUUCCCUUUGGCAUUUAUUGACACUUGUAUGCUCAUGUCCUGGUCAAAACGAUCUUACGCGUGCCUUGAAGACUUGUGAACUUGGCCUUCAGCAACAAACGCCUGAGGAUGAUCAACCUGAUGUUAUAGAGCAACGUCUUUUGCUACAAAUGACGCAAUCACUCUUGUUCGAAAAGCUUUACGGCCCACAAGCAGCAUUGGAAGCUCAAGAAGGAUUAUUUGCAGCAUACGGCAAAAUGGAACAAUCAGCCGCUGACAAUCAACACGCUCUCCUGUACCAAAAUAAGAAUCUCAUUGUGUCAGGCUCACUCAACAACUUGGGACAAAGCGAGACCCAAUUAUCACAACAACGACGCCGUGGAUUAAGUGUCAGCAGCCAACAAGUGCCUCAAGUGGAAGAGUUACAGAUAUCUGCUUCUCGAUCCACGGAUGAUGUUCAUACCAGCAGGCAACGUCGAUCCCCUUCAACCUUUAGCAAUGGGAAUAGCAACACGUUUUUGACGGUGCCUGAUGAAGAUACGCAUAGCAUACCAGAGAGUGUACGCACCAACUCAAGUCAUCGAUCCUAUGGAUUACACCUCUUCAGCUCACGAAGCACAACUAGACGAUCAAAAAGAGAUUUAACAGUGAAUGAAGCACCUUGUAAUUUCCCGGGGGAUCUUUCUCCUGAAGGGCUAUCUCAUGGCAGUACAUCGCAAAGCAGCAUGUCGAGUUUAUUAAAACCAACAGCACCCGUCAAUGGACAACAGCUUCAUUUAUCCACUCGGCUACGACAACAACAUUUUGCCAGUAUACUAGCCGACCUUUGGUUGCUAUCAGCGUCUUCUUUUUUGAAGCUGGGCAAACUUGGUGAAGCACUCAAGGCAAUUGAGGAAGCUGAGAAUGCCGAUCGCACAUCCAAUGCGCGCGUGUGGGCUAUGUUGGGACGCUAUUGGCUUGCCCAAAAGAAUAUAGACAAUGCAAUAGAGGCAUUCGAAAAGGGCGCAGGCAUUGAUCCUCAAGACAUUGACAAUUCGCUUUGUUUGGCCAAUGCCUACUUUGAAAUAGGCAACAUGGAAAUGGCCGAAGGAACACUGGAGAGUUUGACCAAAGGAUUUGGAUGGCAUAGUGCUGCAGCAUGGUUCCAUUUGGGACGUAUCCAUCAAUGUAUGCAUCGAAGCGAUCGAGCUAAAGAAUGCAUGAUGUACGCAUUGGAUCUUGAAAAUACGCAACCCAUUCAACCAUUUUCUAUUUUACCAGUUUAUAUUUGA